AUGUCGGACCCCAAAGCGACCGGCGGCGGCAGUAGCGGAUCAAAGUCGCGAACGGGAUGUUCGGAGUGCAAGCGCAAGCGCGUGAAAUGCGAUGAAGGCAGGCCUCAUUGUGGAAGGUGCAAGAGAUACCCUGAACGAUGCUCCUAUGAGUUGAAGUUGUCUUGGACGCAGGGGAGGCCGUUCAAGAAGCCGAGGACUAAGGAGCCUUGGGUUACGAGUUUGGAUGUGGGUGGUCAGACUGAUGGUUCUGAAGUGGUGCAUUCUGCUCCGAACGAAGUGGAAGAUACUGAUACGGCAACUUCGACUACUGGACCGCAGUCCUCACUUCCUGUGUAUUCCGAGAAUCUUGAUGUUGGAGUAUCCCUUGCAUUGCAACCACUCGAUGACACCACUGGCUUUGAUGAUUACCAGGACCCUUUUCUACUCCCCGACCAGGAUGUAUUGGAUGAUUCGAUGUUACUUCCUGUCCCAUCUGGCUUCGACUUCGAGCCAGCUGAUGAAACCAUUGAGCGCGAUAUUUCUCUCAUUACAUAUCAACACUACUCUCCACCGACUCUACCACCGUCCCUAAGCCAGUAUCCUCUUCUAUGUCCAUCGGAGAGUCCCAACGCCUACUUCUUCCUCCAUCAUUAUAUCACCCACACCUCACUAACCCUCUUCCCUCUGAUGGCGCCAUCGAUCCACCAAGAAGUCUUGACUGUGGCAGCCCAAACACCACAUUUGCUUUCAGCAGCUCUAGCACUGUCCUGCGAUCAAGUAAGGCGCCUGCGAGGAAACGACUCUCUCGAACUGCAAAAUCGAGCUUCCUUCUUCCUGCGAAAGGCAAUCACGGGCUUACGGAAAGCUAUGGAUAGCCCAACAGAAGCCCCAAAUUUCUCGACUAUCUGUACGGUGCUCUUCCUCUGCACAAACGAAGUCAUGGCUGGGAAUACCAUGGCCAUGCGUACGCAUCUCCACGGUGCAGAACACUUGCUCUCCCUGGCUCUUGGCAAAAACAGACACGAAGCAGUCACUGAUCUGGACGACAAGAAACUAUUCCUUAUCCGCUGGUUCGCUGUUGUGGACAUCUUUGCCAGCAUAAUGAGUCUCGACAAGACCACCUCCUCAGACGGCCAAUUCUGGUCCAUCGGUGCUCCCACGAGCACUUCCUCACCCCAAUACAUUGACGAGUUCGUCGGUUUCUCACUGGAAUUGAUGCCAGUGCUCGCACGUAUAGGCCGUAUGGCACGUCUACAACGCCGUCGCAAAGUACUAGGAUCUUCCUUGGGCUCAGGAUAUGCUGAGAUGGCAGAUGACUUGGAACAGCUCUUGGCAGACAACAUUCUACUCACAGAGCAACAGCUGUCUCUGCUGUUCACCCGCGCCUCUUCGCCAUCGCUAUCACAUACCCAGGACCCAGUGUUGGUGGUUGAAGCAGUCUACGUACACCAAAUGUUCGUACAUUCCGCUCUACUGCAUCUCCACCGUCGUGUGCAAGAGCUGCCCGAACUCGAUCCUAAACCAGCGAUAGCAUUGGCUUCCAUGCUGGAUUUGCUGGGGAAACUGCGACCAGAGUCUCCUGCCAAUGUGUUGAUUCUGUGGCCGCUGUUCACGGCUGGAUGUGAAGCCGAAGAUCCAGACUUGAGAGAUUACAUUGAGGCGUGUAUGAAUCGCAUCAGAAACUAUGGAUGGGGUAAUGCAGAUGCUGCUUUGGCGGCUCUGAGAGCCUACUGGGAUGAUGGAAAUGGUGAGCGCUGGGAUGUGUUUCUAGAGCGCAGAGGCUUCGACGUGGUGCUCUUCUGA